CUUUAUUUCCGCAUGUUUGUGCCGAGCGCUGGCACAAGCGAAACCGUGUUUCUUUAUCUAUUUUCACUUUUGCUUGGCUUGAAGAGGAAGAUGCGCGGAGACAGGAAAGGCGGACUGUUAACUCUUUAGUGCUAAAUGCGGAACCAGUGUAAUGGUUCUCCGCUCCAGGUGAUCGAAAGCUUCUGGCCGUUCUCCGAGAAACUGAACUCAAACCUAGAGAAUAAAAAUGUCGAGCAUAGUUGUUGGUUCGGAUACAUUGUCUGCAGACUGCUCCGACAGUGAUUCUCUGCAGGGCUAUUGUGAUACUGCCACUCAGGACGGGAAGUCACACACCAUGAGUUAUAAUCAGGAAGAGAGUUACAGUGAGGAUACCAUGCCGGUAGAGAGGAUGCGAAUGCGGCCGUGGUUGGAAGAGCAGAUAAAUUCAUGCCUGAUUCCAGGACUCAAAUGGGUCAACAAGGAAAAGAAAAUCUUCCAGAUCCCAUGGAUGCACGCGGCGCGCCAUGGCUGGGAUCUGCAGAAAGACGCUCCGCUCUUCAUGAAGUGGGCCAUACACACCGGUAAGUACCAGCUCGGCGUGGACCGCCCGGACCCCAAGACAUGGAAGGCCAACUUCCGCUGUGCGGUGAACAGCCUGCCGGACAUGGAGGAGGUGAAGGACAAGAGCAUCAAGAAGGGCACCAACGCCUUCAGGGUCUACAAGAUGCUCUCCUCAUCGGAGAGGAGCACCAAGAAAGGAAAGAAGAAGAAGGAUGGGAAACCCAAGGCAGCUAAAGAAGGUGACUUCAAGGCCGAGGAUGAGGGAGAGGAGGCGAUGAUGGGCGUGGACAUCAAGGAGGAAGUCUGUGAGGAAGAGGAUGGCAGAGAGCUGGACGGCAACCUGGGUAUCCACUACCCAAUAGGCGAGCACCUGAUCACCAGCGAGCAGCUGCCAUUUGUCUGCCAGACCAUCGAGGUGACCACUGAGAACGAAGAGCAGAUGGUCAGCUCUUCCUACCCCUACCCUCUCCAGAUCUCUCCCGUGUCUUCAUACUGUGACAGCGACACAGAUAGCUUGAACAGUGAGACAGAAGAUGCAGGAGAGGGCGUGAGCGGCGCCUGGAUGCGGAGCUACAGCGCGUCCAUCCUCCGGAUGCCGCCGGGCCCUCUGCCCGGCGUGUCCAGCUUCAUGUCCAACAAGCCCAACCUGCGCAUCACCACCAUCCAGGACCCCAACCCGCUCAUCAGCUACCGUGCCGACAAAUGGACCGCGCGCUACGUCAAGUCAAAGCCCGGGACCACCGGGCACGAGGUGCGCGCCAGCGUCAUCAUGAAGACCUCCGACGUCAACUCGUCCUGACCUGCACAGGCCGUCUUAGGUUGUUCAAACGCUGCGUAGGGCGGACGUCGACACGUCCGUUGUCAUGGUUGCUGUUUUUGAUGACACAUCAUCAGCGGUUGGGACGGAGGUUUAUAGAGGCCCCCGGGGCCCGGU